CAGCCACUCCAGACGCGAGAUAUACGCGUAUCGCUGAAAAUGUAACCAAGUUGCGGAAAACAAUUCACGUAACUUGACUUACCUCAACUCACUUUACGUUCUCAGUCAAUUUUUUAACAUUUUAAGUUUAUUUAAGUUCAACCCCAGUGAAAAUUAUCGUGUUAUUAUUUAAAAAAUAUCAUGUAAUAGUUCUUCAAAAGUGUUAAAAACAAUCAACAUCAUUUUUAUUUAUAAAUAUUUUAUUAUAAAUAAUUGUUGACAAACUUUUGGUUCCUGACGUUAAUUGCUGUCACUGGGAUCUGCAUUAAAUCAGGGGAUUAAACGAUGAAGCUCCACGAGAAAGAGUCAAGCAUUCACAAGGUCCAGGAAGUGGUGCUCGAGGAAAUAGAGCUUCUUAAAGAGUACAAUGUUGAAAAAACCCUCGGAGAGGGUAGUUUUGCCAAAGUGCUUCUGGCGACUCACCGGAAAACACAAACUCGAGUCGUUUUAAAAGCAGUUCACCAGGAAUUGACUACGGAGAAGGAUUUUUACCGCGAGUUUCAUUAUUCGUACCACUUGAGCCCGCAUCCGAACAUUUUAAGUUCAUACGCGGUGGCAUUUAAGGCUGAAAAGUGCUACAUAUUUGCUCAGGAGUACGCGCCGUUUGGUGACCUGGCAGGUAAUGUCAAGGCUGGAGGUUUAAAUGAGGACGUUUGCAAAAAAAUAGCGGGUCAAUUAGCUUCAGCGCUUGAUUUUUUGCACUCAAAACAGCUGGCUCACCGCGAUGUUAAGCUUGAGAAUGUUCUGGUGUUCGCUCAGGACAUGUCUAAGAUAAAAUUGUGCGACUUUGGGUGCAUUAAGCGAGAAGGCACGCUUGUUAACAAGAUCCGAUGCACUUGGGUGCCAUUUUUGCCUCCAGAAAUCCACGAAGUUAUAAAAAACGAGCGGUACACUUGCAAACGCAGCGCUGAUUGUUGGCAAUUUGGAAUUGUCCUGUUUGUUUGCCUAACGGGAAAUCCUCCUUGGCAAAGCGCUGACCCUAUUCAAGAUCCUGACUACUCGUCAUUUCAACGAUGGCUAAAACGACGCACUACCAAGAUUCCCGGCACAUUCCGUAGAUUUACUCCCCGUUUAUUGCGUUAUUUCAGACGAGUCUUCGAGCACAAGCCCGAGAAACGCGCUGUUGUUACGGAGAUAAACAAAUAUUUGAAGGAUACUUGGUGUGUCAGUAAAUUGAGCCACAGUGCAACCUCAACCAGUGUUGAGGUCAGUGAUAACAACCUCAUACCCCGUCGCGGUGAUAGUUUGCUCUAUUUAGACACUAUUGUCGACGAAAGGUUGAAUAUCGACGAGAAUAAGAAUAAGUUACGUAAAUUAUUGAACAGUUAUGGACUAGAAACUGCGGUUGAUCAAAAAGUCGUCACCAAGAGGAUUUGGGAGUGGGUUAUGCAGUGCGAUUCAAAUAUUGAAGAUAUUCAUCAUCAGCACCUAACUUCUGCGUACGAAACUGAAGCCAUGUGAGACAUGGUAAAAUCUUCCAGCGAACCAUGCUUGAAGCCUCUUCAUGAGGUCAGAAAAUUGAGCUUUACUACUCUACAUGUGCCAGUUGAUGAUAGAAGCUUACGCGCGGCGUCAUUGAGUUCUCAGUACUCGCCCGUGUAAAUAUUCUUGCUGUUUUAAGAGUCAUUAUUAUUAAUUAUGUUUAUUUUUAUUUUUUAAUUAUUAAGUAGGAUAUAAUACAAAACUGAUGAAAAUUUAGAAUUCAUUUUUUUCAGUUUACACGGAAAAAAGUAAACUAAAAUUCACUCGGAUUUCGGUUAAUUUUUAUAGUUUC